AUAUUUGCUCAUCUCUCUCUCUCUCUCUCUCUCUCUCUCUCUCUCUCUCUCUCUCUCUUAUUCCCUUCGUCUCAUUCGGUUUCUCUCUCUAUCUCUCUCCCUCUCUAGACUCUUUCUCUCUCGCUCUGUUUCUCUCUCUCGGAGAGGACGAAGACGACGAAGAGGACAACAAAGAAGCACAAAGAUAUGGUGUCAACGCGUCGCAGCGGAUCUAUAUCAAACAACAACAGCAACAACAAACGAUCAUCGUCUUCCGAACAGAAACCCCCGUCCCCCAAACGCCAAAAGGCUGAUAAUGGUGGUGCAUCGGAGAAAUCGACGCCGCAGGAACCUUUGCAACAGCCGCUGGUAGACAAUUCGAAAGAAUUUAGUUCGCCAACGGCGCUGGAUCCACCUGAAAAUGCCGCAGCAAGUUAUCAACGGAAAGAUGGAAGCGCCGAAGGCGAGGCUGUUAGUGCUGGGAAGCCGGAGGCGGCUCCGGCUGCAUCCGUCGUCACUCCGAUCGCUCAAGCAUCAGUGCCCAUUUUAGGGGAAAAGCUGAGAAGUUCAUUCUCUUCAUGGAAGCAGCAAAAUCAGAGCUGUGAGAUGGCCACACCUUGGUGCAGGCUUCUUGCUCAGAGUCCAUCGAACCAAACAAUGACUGUUUAUACAACAAACUUUUUAGUUGGAUCAAACAAGAAUGCUAAUCUUUCCAUCAAGGAUAUAAGCGCUAUUCUUUGCACUAUCAAGCCUGAUGAGCUCGAAGGUGGUUCUGCUGUGCUUGAAAGCAAAGGAAGCAAGGGAUCUGUGCAUAUAAAUGGGAAGACUAUUAAGAAGGGUACAAACCAUGUUUUGAAUUCAGGAGAUGAAGUUGCUUUUGGUCCUCCUGGGACUCAUGCUUAUAUUUUCCAGCAGCUAACAAGCGAUUUCUUGUUAAAAACACAUACACCCAAAACACUGCAUACCGAAAGACGUGCAGGGGAUCCAUCAGCAGUUGCAGGUGCUUCAAUUUUGGCAUCUCUUUCAAAUCUUAGAGCAGAUUUAUCUCGUUUGAAGCCUGCUGCUCAAACUGCUCCUAAUCAUGAUGAUGAGAUUGAUGGUCUAGAAGUGAAUUCAGCUACAAAUACUGGCAAUGAUAGUGCAUCUGAAAUUGGAGCUACCAGCAAGAUCACGCCACUUGGCAGCAAUCUAGAUCCUAGUAUUGUUGAAACAGGAAAUGUAUUGGAAACAAGGGAUUCACUGCCUCCGGUUCCAGGGAUGUCUGUAAGAUCUGCAAUGUUGAAGGAAGAGAUUUUUACAGGGAUUAUUGAUGGGAAGGAAGUUGGAGUUUCUUUUGAUGACUUCCCUUAUUAUUUAAGUGAGAACACAAAAAAUGUUCUUAUUGCAGCUUCUUAUAUACAUUUGAAGCAUAGAGACCAAGUUAAAUAUGCUUCUGAACUACCAACUGUGAAUCCUAGAAUCUUGCUUUCUGGGCCUGCAGGAUCUGAAAUUUAUCAAGAGAUGCUAGCAAAGGCACUUGCUCAUUAUUAUGGUGCCAAAUUGCUUAUAUUCGAUAGCCAUUCGUUUCUGGGUGGUUUAUCACUGAAAGCGGAGCUAUUGAAAGAAGGAAGCACUAAGCAAAGCACCACCCCUAGUGAAUUGGAUGCUCCGGGGAAUGAAAGUGUUUCUGAGCCACAACAAAAAAUGGAGGUUGACUUUGUCCCUCCAGUUGCAGGAACCUCUAAAACCCCCACAUUCAAAUUGGGUGACAGAGUGAAAUAUAUAGGUCCUACUUCAGGAGCCAUAUACUCUUCUUCAAGGGGUCCUACUGCUGGAGCUCGUGGGAGGGUUCUGCUACCUUUUGAAGACAAUUCCCUCUCAAAAAUUGGUGUAAAGUUUGAUAAAGUCAUCACUGAUGGGGUUGACCUUGGUGGACUUUGUGAUGGGGGUUAUGGAUACUUCUGCUCUGCUAAUGAGAUUCGAUUGGAUUCAACUGGGGUUGAAGAUCUGGAUAAAUUACUCAUUACCACUUUGUUUGACGUUGUAACCAGUGAGAGUAGGAAUGUUCCUUUUAUUUUGUUCAUGAAAGAUGCAGAAAAGUCGAUUGUUGGGAGCUCAGAAUCAUAUUCAACAUUUAAAACCAGGCUUGAAAAGCUACCAGACAACGUUGUUGUUAUUGGUUCACAAACUCAUACAGAUAGUCGCAAAGAAAAGUCACAUCCUGGUGGUUUGCUUUUUACAAAAUUUGGCAGCAACCAAACAGCUCUUCUUGACCUGGCUUUUCCAGAUAGUUUUGGGAGGCUACAUGAAAGGGGGAAGGAGGUUCCGAAGGCGACUAAGCUUUUAACCAGACUUUUUCCAAAUAAAGUGGCCAUUCACAUGCCUCAGGAUGAGAACCUCCUUGCCAGUUGGAAACAGCAAUUGGAUCGUGAUUCUGAAACAUUAAAGAUGAAGGGAAAUCUCAACAAUCUACGUAAUGUUCUUAAUAGGACUGGUUUAGAAUGUGAUGGGCUUGAGACGUUAUGCAUCAAGGAUCAGUUGCUUACAAACGAAGGUGCUGAGAAGGUUGUUGGAUGGGCUCUAAGCCAUCAUCUAAUGCAACACGCUCAAGCUGAACCAGAGGCAAGACUUGCUCUCUCAAACGAGAGCAUACAAUACGGUAUUGAAAUUCUCCAAGCAAUUCAGAAUGAAUCCAAGAGCUUGAAGAAAUCUCUCAAGGAUGUUGUAACGGAAAAUGAGUUUGAGAAAAGGCUUCUAGCGGAUGUGAUUCCUCCUAGUGACAUUGGAGUAACAUUUGAUGAUAUUGGAGCAUUGGAAAAAGUUAAAGACACGUUGAAGGAGCUGGUGAUGCUUCCUCUACAAAGACCCGAACUUUUCUGCAAGGGCCAAUUAACCAAGCCAUGCAAGGGUAUCCUUCUGUUUGGGCCUCCUGGAACUGGAAAGACUAUGCUUGCUAAGGCUGUGGCGACGGAAGCUGGUGCCAACUUCAUAAAUAUAUCCAUGUCAAGCAUCACAUCAAAGUGGUUUGGUGAGGGUGAAAAGUACGUGAAGGCUGUGUUUACGCUGGCUAGCAAGAUUUCUCCAAGUGUUGUGUUUGUGGACGAAGUGGAUAGUAUGUUGGGGAGGAGGGAGAAUCCAGGGGAGCAUGAAGCGAUGAGGAAGAUGAAGAAUGAGUUUAUGGUGAAUUGGGAUGGUCUGCGCACAAAAGAUACAGAGAGGGUUCUUGUACUUGCAGCCACAAAUAGACCUUUUGACCUCGAUGAGGCUGUUAUUAGAAGGCUCCCUCGUAGAUUGAUGGUGAAUUUACCAGACGCAGCCAAUAGAGCAAAGAUCUUAAAGGUAAUACUGGCAAAAGAGGAUUUAUCUCCUGAUAUAGAUUUGGAUGCAGUGGCUAGCAUGACCGAGGGAUACUCUGGAAGUGACCUAAAGAAUCUAUGUGUAACUGCGGCGCAUUGUCCGAUUAGAGAAAUCAUAGAAAAGGAGAAAAAGGAGCAUGCUGCAGCUAUAGCAGAAGGCAAACCGGCCCCAGCUUUAAGCGAGAGUUCUGAUAUCCGGGCUUUGAACCUGGACGACUUUAAAUUUGCACAUGAACAGGUUUGUGCGAGCGUCUCUUCCGAGUCUGUAAACAUGAAUGAGCUCGUUCAAUGGAACGAGCUGUAUGGAGAAGGAGGAUCAAGAAGAAAGAAGCCUCUCAGCUACUUCAUGUGAUAAAAUAAUACAUUCUACUCAUGUUCCUUUGUACAAUCAUCAUCAAGUAUAGGAGGAGGAAGAGGCUCUUUCUUUCUUUUUUUCUUUUUUAACUUAAAAAAUACUCUCUCUCUCUCUCUCUCUCUCAAGUAGUGAGUGGUCUCGGUCUCUGUGAGAUGGUUGGCAUAAAAGGCUGGCAUCAUCAUAAUCAUCCUCAGCUUUUGUUUUGUUUCUUUACCCCCAUCUCCAUCUCCAUCUCUUUUUGUCUUUUUUGGUUUAUUUAUUUGACACCAACUACUACUGGAUAGGAAUAAAAGUUAUAUCAAUCAGUCAGUCAAUCAAUCAAUCUUGUGCA